UAAAUACCAUUUAGGAAUACGUAUGAUAACCCCUAUUUGUCAGGUGACAUCAUAUGACGUCAUAGCAAUCUAUUUCCUGAUCUAAACCCCGUUUUGAAAAACCCUGGAUUCGCCACUGGAAUUUAGAAGUUUUGCACGACGCGCAAACCAUGGCCCCUAAGUAUCAUCUCGUAUACUUUGACAUCAGAGGAAGAGCUGAACCAAUCCGCAUUCUCUUUGCCUUGGCUGGUGCUUCUUAUACUGAGGAAAGAGUACACCCAAGCGAGUGGCCAGCGUUAAAAACAAGUGGACGAUGCCCCUUUGGCCAGGUUCCUGUGUUAGAGCUUGGAGAUGGAAAAUCUCUUUGUCAAUCAACAGUUAUCCUGAAAUAUGUGGCCAAUCAACUUGGCUUUAGUCCCAGCGAUAACUAUGCUAAAGCACAGGCCGAGGUGUUUGUAGAUUCUAUUAAGGAUUUUCAAAAUGCAUUGCAAAGGCUUGCCCGGGAAAAAGCUGCAGAUCCUAAAGACGAGAAGAAGUCCUCUCUGUAUGAUGCAGAAAUUGCUAACACUCUGGAAUUCAUAGACAAACUUCUUCAACAAAACAAUGGUGGUAAAGGCUAUUUAGUAGGAGACAAGAUAUCAUUUGCAGACGUAUGUUUUUUCUCUGUUUUUAAUGACUACUUGGUUGGAGGGGAGCUCAAGGUCCCAGAGCAGCUCAAAAAGCAUCCAUUGCUGGUCGAUUUGUACAAUCGUGUGAUGAAUGAGCCUAAAAUUUUAGAAUAUCUCAAGAAAAGAAAACCUAAUCCUGACUGGUACUCCUUUUAAAGUAUUCAGUCCUGGAGUCACCAUUGGAAGAAAACCAGUAGAGUAGUCUCACACCAAUUGAAAACACGUUGACUUUAAAAAUGUUAUAUCCUUCAGGUCAAGACUGAAAGGWAGCAUGUGUUAGGUUAUGAACUUGUGAUUGUGUGACAUGUUUGUUAAUAAAUUAGUACAGCAUUAUGA